AGACCUUCACAUCUGACUUUGAAGAUGCUUGGCAAUUCCAUUCUCUGGAUAACAACACUCCGGAAACUGGAUUCAGCGGCUACUCUGCUGGAGAUUCCGUCAUUGCUGGUCCCGUGUACUCUGUGGCUUGCCCUCCGGCCAGCCACGCCCUAGGGGAGUAGUUCUCUGGAACCACGACCAACAUUCUGACUGGAACGCCUCCAGUAAACGACAGCCUGCUUGAGCAACCAUUACUACUAGAUCCUUUUUCGGUUAACAUCCUUCCCGAUCUUGACAUCCCGCAAGCAUACACCUCUUACGACAGCAGCACCUUUUACGACAACAGCAUCUCCAUGCCUCACUUGUACAAUUCCCAGCCCGAAGUACCGAUCGCGUCUCACCACACUAUGCCUCUUAGUUUCUCAGAAUCCCAGACUUCCCAGACAACUUCAGACGGCAGCGACAGCGAAGGAAGCUCAUCAGUAACCUCCACGAGAGACAACUACUUCCCAUGCCACUGGAAGGACCCAAAGGAGCCGAACUUGCCAAAGUGCCAAAAGAUCUGCAGCACGCGUGAGAAACUGAGGAAACAUCGGCUGAAGCAUAGUAGGCCGAAAAACUGCACUUAUUGCGACUACACCGCCGCUGGAAGAAAAGACAUUGACCGCCACAAAGCUGUGCAUCACCCCAAUGAAGCCAGCGAGGAAGGCGUUAACAAGAGACAAAGUGUCUGCCCACUUUGUGGCCAGAAAGGCCGGUACGAUAAUAUAAAGCGACAUAUCAGAACGCGACACAAGGGGAAGAUCUGAAUCGUUCUGUUUAGGGAUCGGUGGCUGGUUCAAGAGGAGCUUACGUCUGUUUUCUUUUCUCUUUUCUCUUUUCGUCCCUGUUAUCUCGCUGUAUCUGCUGCUUCCUUCUUUUUGCUCCGGGUG